CCAAUAAAAGAAGUAGAAGUUAAAUAUCUUGGUGUUCUUAUUGAUAGAAAUUUAAGUUGGAAAUCUCACAUUCAAAAUGUAAAUACAAAAAUCUCAAAAAGCAUUGGGAUCCUAAGUAAAGUAAGACAUUCUGCACCGCAAAAAAUAUUUCUUGACAAAUAUAAUGCUCUUGUAUUACCAAACAUUCUUUAUGGGCUCUUAAACUGGGGUAGUGCCUCUAAAACUGCCCUAGAUCCACUACAUAAAAAGUUUAAAAAAGCUGUACGUCUUAAAACAUUUAAAAAUAAAGCCGAACAUAGUAAACCAAUUUUUAAAUGCCUAAACACUUUAAAUUUUGAAGACUGUUACAAACUAAAGUGUGCUAAAUUUAUGUAUGAUAUUAACAAAAGUAUAGCCGAAACUUCUAUCAGUAAACUCUUCAAAAAAGCCAAAAAUACUCAUAAUUACAAAACAAGAUAUGCUAGCUCAGGAAAUUUUGAAUAAAAAAUGUUGGUGUAGAUGUUUGGAACUCCAUUCCACAAGACAUCAGACAAUCAGGAUCAAAAACAACUUUUGCUAAAGCCUUGAAAAAAUUUAUGAUUUCAAUAUACUAGUACCCCCUUCCACUACAUAUACUUUAUUAUUGGCACACAAAGAAAAACAAGAACUCUAACAAAGUUUAAAAGCAUUCCACCACCUUUUUUAUCCCCUUUUUAAUUCCCCUCCCCCUUUCCCACAAACAAAUAGAUUAGAGUAACGUUUCAACUAUCAUAUUCGAAACCAACUUUUUAAUUUUUAAAAAUUUUUGAUCAAAGUUUUAAAAAAAAUGUUAUUGUUGUUUAUUAAUAUUGUGUAUUGAUUUAUAAUUACUUCGGGUAAAAUUCAUGUAAGAUGGCACAUGACUCAAAAGCCCCUAUGGGUUAUUUCCAUGUGUCAUUCAGCUAUAACUUUAUAGAUACAAAUAAUUAUUUUAAAUAUCUUAACCUUGUAUGUAUUGAAGUAUAACUGGAAUUGUAUCUUGAUAAAUUGUUUGACUAGAUCAGUAUAUUGUAAUUAAGCUUAGAAUACACUUAAAAUUGAAUUGAAAUUGAACUACUCCUCUUGCCCUUGACAGUCUUUAGUUGUAGAUUCGCUUCUCCUUUUCCAAAUGCCUGUGAGGGUAUGGUUUCAUGAGAGCCAAGCUCAUUGGCAAUGCAUCAUCUCCAAUAAUAUGAUAAUGGAUACAGCUUUCCAUUAUUUUUCUGGGCAGUGGUGUAUGAAGAGACCUGUUAAGUAAUGCUUCUUUUAAUGUUGAGUUAUUAAACAUUCCAGCAUCUCCUGCACGCCCUGCUGCCCCCACAUCAACAUAUAAAAACUUAUAAUUGGCAUCUACCAAUGCUAAUCGCAACACACUAUUAAAAUGUUUAUAGUUAAAGAAUUCUGAGCCACUUUUGUCAGGCUGCUGAAUGGCAAUAUGUUUGCCAUCAAUUGCCCCAACACAGCAUGAGUAUUUCCACUUCAACUCAAAUUCAGCUGAUAUAUUGAGCCAUUCUGCUGAAGAACAGGGUGUCUGAAAAAGUAAAAAAAGAAUCUGAUAUCAUCUCGACUUUGUCAAUUUAUUUCGUUUUAGGACGAUCACGAAGAUGCUAAUAGUUUAGCUGCAAAUAACCAGGUGGAUGAAGAAACUGGUUUCUUGUGUCCAGAUCAGGAAGACUUUGAGUCCUCUAAUAGUUCUGAAAACACAAGAGUCAGCAAAGCCAAAGCCCUCAAAUAAAGAUGAAAUUGUAGCAGUUACAGGUGUAACAAAGAAUUCAAGGAAGAGGAAGAAUGAAGAUGACGCUGACCUCAUAAAAGUUUUGACACAGUCAAUUUUGCAGAGGGCUAAUAAAAAAGUAGGGAGGAAAGAAUUGUGCUGCAGCCAUGUUUGGCAAUUUUGUGACAGAGAGUCUUCUUGAGAUGGAUCCAACUACCAGAAAGAUAGCACAAAAUCAGAUUAGUAAUGUGAUAAUCCAAGCUCAAAUGGGUUAUUUAGGACAGGAUCAUGGGGCUAUGAACUAUUCACAACCUAACGAAUGGAUGUCAUCUGGUUUUCAGGCAUCCACUGGAAUGAACCACUUUGGGCAAUCAGGCUGCUGGACACAAAGGGCCCAGCACCAAUCUAGCCAAUUGUUUAAUGGUCCACGGGUAUCUACAGAGCUGAGCCAAAAAGAUGACCUGAAUGAAUAUGCUACAAAAGAUCAAGGUUUAUUUAACAAGAUUAUUGAACUCUAAUUUAAUGUUGAUUGAUUGUAAAACAUUUUAUUCUAAAAGUUAGAGUAUCUUGGCUACUUGUUUAAAUUUGCAUUUUGAAGGUUUAAUAUAUCAUUCAAUAGAGAAUAUUCCUUGAAAAUAACAAAAUUUCUUGUUCUCAUGUCCUGUGUGUGAUUUUAUCUGAUCAAAAUCAUAUCUAAGAUGACCUGAACUUUCGUCUUAAAGGGCUACUGCAAUGAAAAAAUGGUCCAAAAUUUUAUUUCCUUUUUCAAUUAUUGACAAUCAGCUGAGUACAAAACUGAAAACAGAACCUCUAUAUGGUUUCUCAGUUUAAAGUUAUGGUGCCUCAAAGUUCGCGACUUUGAUAGUUUUCGUGUGAAAAAAAUUGUCUUUCUGUGACGUCACAGUUAUGAUCAAGCAGAGAUAUCACAAUGGUGUCUAAUAGCGGGAACAAGAAACCUAGUACAAAACGCGGCGGAAGAUCUUGUGUUGCAGGAGGACCUGGAGGCCAGAGCUGCAAAAACACACAGUUUAUGGAAGGGGCUUCUAUAGACACUUUUCCUGAUAAAAAUUCGGAUUUGGGAAGGUACUGAAGUUGGUAAGCUUUGUUCGCCGGCACAGGCUGAAGUGGCACCCUUCGUCAUCAUUGAUCCUCUGCUCUGUUCAUUUUGAAGAUAACUGCUUCGCGAUGAAUAAAGAUAUCGCAAAAGAACUUGGCAUAAGGAACAAAUUAAAGUUUGACGCUGUUCCUACUGUUGACAUCACAAAUUCUGUUGAAAAAAUUAGCGAAGAGGCCUCUGCCCGGAGUACCAGACAGGUGAGACUCAUUCAUUUGCAAAUGUAAACAAACUCUACUCGGUUUUUUUUCACUGGUUGUUUGGCUAAAGUAUUGUUCAACUGAAUUAUAGCGAGUUAAAUCAAAGUUAGAUUAAAUUUUAAAAUUCCUAAUUUUUUAUUCAAGAUACUACGGCAUUCAUUAGCAGCAACAGAUGCGAGUAAGGAUUCAUUGGCAACAGCCGCUAGUAGUGAUAACGACGAGGUCCCUGCCCCGCCUACUUCUUUAAUCUAUGUGUGUCAAGGCUGCAGUGUUUUGAAAAAAAAGUUACUAAAUUCGCGCAAAGCACUGUGGCGGCUGAGAAAGAAAAUGAAAGAAAAUAAACUGGCUGCUGACAUCUCAAACGACAAUGCUUAGGUAGGCCUGUAAUGCUAGACAUAAUGAAGGGAUCGCAAUCUGAACCUCAAAGCAGAGGUGCCAUUGAAUAUAGAAUUACCCUUUCGCACAACUUUUGUACUUUACUGAAAACACUUCACCUCUUUCUCUUUCCAGUUUUAAUUGGAUGUAUCUGUAAUUUAAAUGCAUACUCAUAAACUAUCAAAGGGAAUGGGGUAAGAUGCUCCAGCAUACAAGGCCCAUGGAGCAUAUUUCAGAUUGAGGGGGCUAAAACCUUGUUGGGAGGCUAAGCAUGCUAAAAACCAAGAUCAAGGCAUUUCUGUAUAGUUUCAGGUACAUUUUGGAAAUUAUUGGGGGAUGGGGGUAAAGCCCCCCUAGCCCUCCUUCUGAGGUUCCUGUCAUCAUAUCUUUGAUUUUUGUUUUUUUUAUAACUGGACAGUUUUUCAGAUUUUAUAAAGUACUAGUUGCCAUUAACAAGAAGUGGACAAUUUUUUAAUUGUACCCACAUCAUUAACAACUGUGUAUAAAAUGUGAAAAAAAUUAAAUUGUCUGUUACAUAUAGCAUGAGCAAGAAGACUAUUAUGAUGAGGCAUGCAUGGAUGCCACAGAAGACAUUAACAUGGAGGAUAUGGAUUACCAUGAAUUAGGCCCAGGUUAAACGUCGUGCUUCUCAUGUGCCGAACCUAAUACAAUUGAGUUCACCAGAAGCGCGACGUUAUCGCGGCCGCCAAGUUAAACGUCGAACCAUGGUCGAACCUAUUGCGCAGAAAAUUACGGUCGGGGCGGUAUCCAAGCAACAGCCAUCGAUUAAAGAUCAACAUAAUUUUUCAAAAUGGCCUUAACUCGCAGAGCGAAAACCUUACUGUUGAAAAGUUUAAUUUCAAAGCGUCGUAAGCGUCAAAAUUUGUUGAUUAAAGGAAUGGCCAUUAUUCUACAACAGAGGCCACUGACAUUGAGGUCGUUUCUGCUGCCAGCUACGUAUUUAUUUGGCGAGUUGACAACAUCACGGGCUAGGGUUAGGUCAUGCAGAAGGUUGCCAAGAAAUACAGGUUGGUGGGAGAAACUGUGGUUUACCUACGACGAUAAACGAUUCAAGCAAACACUAAGAGUAUCAAGAUCGACAUUUGAAUUUAUACUGACAAGAAUAAGACCGCAACUUGAGAGACAAACGCUUACUGAAGAACCCAUCUCUCCAGAACUUCGUUUGGCAAUCUGUCUCUAUCGUCUUGGUAGAGGGGAUUAUCUUUACAGCAUAGGGGAAAUGGUAGGCCUAGCACGUUCAACAGUCACAAGGAUUGUCAACGAGGUCACCCAAGUAAUUGUUUUCUGUCUUUGGGAACAAUUCGUAUCUAAUAAUAUGCCAAAAACUGAAGAUGAAUUCCAGAGCAAGAUAUUAGAUAUGGAAGAGCUUUGGCAGUUUCCCUGUAGUUGGGCAGCUGUUGAUGGAUGCCACAUCCCCAUUAAAUGCCCACCUGGUGGCCAAAGUUCUCGAAAAGAAUAUCACAAUUUCAAGAACUUCUAUUCAAUUGUUUUAAUGGCAUUAGUGGAUGCUAAAUAUCGUUUCAUUUGGGGAAGUUGUGGCUUCCCUGGGAAUUCCCAUGACUCAAUCAUUUUGCAAUCAACCUCUUUGUGGAAGAAGAUAAAAGAUGGAAAAAUGAUUCCAGAGAUCUGCCAACAAAUAGAUGCUGUUAAAACCCCCCCUCUUAUUCUUGGAGAUUCUGCCUUCCCCUUUGAAUCAUUUUUAAUGAAACCUUACACCAAUGCUGUUUGUGAACAACGCUAUUUCAACUACAGACUGAGUCGUGCCCGUAUGGUCAUUGAGGGAGCAUUUGGCCAGCUUAAAGGAAGAUGGCGGUUCUUGUUGCGAAAGUCUGAGGGCAAUGUCUACGAAAUCAAAGUUGCUACCUUAGCCUGUUUAGUUUUACAUAAUAUUUGCCUUGAUUGUGGAGACACUCUGCCUUCAAAGCUUGAUGUAUCAAUUGACCCACAAAGCAGUCAAAGAAGAGACAGAGCAACAAUCCGUGACCUUCUUCUCAUGAGUACCAGCAGAAAGAUUUUUGAUGCACGUGAUAACAAGGCAGUUCAAAUAAGGAAGACUCUUGAGUCCAAAUUGGCAUAAGAAUUAGCUGAGACUUCUAAGAAAUGAUCAUAGAUGAAAACACAGAGUUGAACACAGUGACUUUUCAUUAUUCUUUGUUAACAGUUAUGGUUCCAAUUUGACUUUUAAGAUAUUAACCUUUAAGAUAUUAACUUUUAAGAGUAUUUUGUUAGAUAAUAAAGUUUUCAUAACUCAACAUCACAAUUUCGUGAAAGUUUUCUCAGAUGUCUCAUUGACACUAUUCAGUUCUUGCAUGAAGCUGUUAUAAGCAGAACUGCUGCCAGCCAUGUGAUUCAUGGUAUUAUGAUCAUAAGGAUGUUGGCGCCUUUUUCCUAUCUCAUCUGCGCAUGCCUAACCUCGUUUUAACGUUCAAAAUAAUUAAAAAUAAUUUAUGCGUUAGGUUUGGCACAUGAGAAGCACGACGUUUAACUUGGUGUCGUGCUACUGCCGUGCGGCACGGCAGAACAAGUCGAGCCAGAGACGUUCUGUCGAACUUAAUCGAUUCUGUCGAACUUAAUUAAGUUAAACGUCUAGCUUCUCAUGUACUUAAUUCAGCAAUUAGGUUCGGCGCAUGAGAAGCACGACGUUUAACCUGGGCCUUAGAAACUUCA